CCGUGUUCGUUGUUAUCACUGGCUACACAACGAAAGACAGCAAACAUCCAACACAGAAAUGUCUCAUCCCGAGCGUAAGGUCGACGGCUUACACGUAGCUACGGAAGUUUUCAAAUGUUUUGAAAAACACAAGGACAAUUUUACUGAUUUUACGGUCAACGUUGGUGACACCAAGUUCAACUGUCACAAGUUUGUCCUAAGUUCCUGCUCUGGUUUCUUUGAGGCUCUCAUGAGGACAGAUAUGAGAGAAAAAUCUGAAUCAAGCUGUACCACAGAGGGCAUCUCCCCAGAAAUAUUUGGUCUGAUACUUGAUGUUAUUUACAAAGGUACGGAAGUUUUAGACGAAGAAAACAUGCUUGAAAUGUGGCACGCAUCCAAUCAACUGCAGAUCAAAAUUUUGAUUGUGGAUUGUGAAAAUGUCGUGAAGGAGAGAAUAAAUUUACAAAACUACUGGGAAAUAUUUACCGAUGCCAAGCUGCUGGAUUCUAUCGACGUUACAACUAGAGUAAAAGAGUUUAUGGUGAACAAUUUUUCGGAGAUUUUAGAAUCAAACGUCUUCACGCAACUAUCUUUGGAUGACUUAAAAUUCAUUUUAAACCACAAUAACUUCUUGUUCGAAGCCGAUUUUUCCGUGCAGUCAGUUUUAAAAUGGUCAUGUUCAGAUGAUUCCUAUCUCGCGGCUACACCAAAGAAAUGUUUAAGCACGACAGAUAUGGUCAAGACAAUAUUUGAUCGGCUAAAACCGUCGUGUAGCGCGGUUGACGUGGUGACAUUGGACCAGGACAACAUCACACUCCGCAGGUCACACCUCGGUGAGCUGCUGACCGUACUUCCUCUCCAAGACACAACUAACGCGUGCCUGGCUAAACUUAUGAACAACAGAUUUGUCUUGUCAAAUUUCGAUGCCAUAACUCUUGUGAACCAGAUAGCCGCUACAAGAUUCGAUGCCGGAGAAACGAAAAGUUUCAACGAAAAAACAAACAAAAACCAGACUUUUACAAAUGGCUUUAUAUUCAACUCAGAUUCGACGCAAUCUACAGACAACGAACUUUCUAAAACUACACACCAACGUGUAGGCAAAUAUUGCCUCUAUGGAGCUGCACUUGUGAUUGCCUGUAUGAUGGCCAUUGUUAUUUACAUGAUUAUCACGUCUGUUUUUCCUACCAGCUGUGUGUUUUUACAACGGUAUGCAGUCAAAUACAACCAAAAAAUCUUUCCACAAUAGAAAAAUUGUUUUUUUACAGAACUGCUAAUUACUUCAGUGCCAUUCUUCACCACCAUUGUCCCAUUACGUCAGUUCAUUGCAAAAAAUGUGUUGGUGUGUUUCAUUGAAUAGGUAACAAACGUCUGCACUAUAAGCUUUCAUUAUAGAUUGACAAUUAUGUGUAAACAUAAAUACAUUUCUUUUUAAGAAACAUUCAUUUAACAAUGAAACCUAUUGAAAUAUGCAUUUUCUUAUAACAUAUAAUUUAAGUACACGUUGAUUUACAAAGAAGUUGAAACAUUUUGACUGAUCUAUAUCAUUACAUGUAUAAGUGAAAGUUGAUCUAUAUCAUCAACUGUAUGAUUGCAUGACUCAUAUAACAUCAAAUAUAAAUCAAAACCGAAGAGUAAGUGUAUGUGUAUGAGGUGUAUCAUCGAACACAUGCAUGCUGGGAAUAUAUGACAUUCGGUUUUUUAUAUAAUGCUUUAUUUUGUAUGAAUAAUUUACUAAUAAACAUGUUUCAAAAAAUGUUAACCUUUUGACUCAUAUUAAGAAUGUAGUUUGCGACCUAUCUUGAAAAAUCAGCUACAAAUAAAUUUGUAGGUUUUAUUAAGCUGAGCUAGUUUCUUUAAAUUUAUAAAAAGUUAACGUUAUGAGCAUCUCAUGUCUUAAGGUUGGAGCUUUAGUUUUAUUUUACUUUAGAAUUGAUGCAAUAGUUUGCUUGUAAUGUGUUCAAAAGAUAGCACAUUUACUGCAUGUUAUAUGUACAUUGCAAUAGAAUAA